AUGGCUGCCAUGAUGCAAUCGCCCAACAGGCGUCGCUCCAUGGCUCGCCAGUACACGGCGCGAUCCUCGAGGCACCUCAAUGAGUCGAUGGAAGAUGUCAUUCGACUGGCUGAUGACUUUCAUCCCAAUCGCGACGUUGAGCAGGCCGUCGCGCACGUCAACGAGCCAGAGGUGGAAAAGAUGGGUCGACCACGCACUAUAAUUGUUGUCAUUCUACUGCUCACAUGUCUACUGUUCUCACUUCUUGAUACUACUAUUGUAUCAACAUCUCUGUUGGAGACCAGCAAGGAUCUGGGAAACGUCGAAGACAUUUCUUGGAUCAUGUUGGCCUAUCUCCUCACUUAUAUGGGAUUUUCUAUAAUCUUUGCCAAGCUCAGCGACAUCUUUGGACGCCUGGCCAUGCUCGAGAUCUCAUGGCUAAUCUUUGCACUCUUCUCGCUUGGCUGUGGUAUUUCUCAGACUAUGACUCAGUUGAUUGUAAUGAGGGCGUUUCAAGGAAUUGGCGGCGCCGGUCUGUACAGUCUUCCCUUCAUUUGCAUCCAUGAGGUCGUUCCAGCAAACAAGUGGCAUCUCAUGGGCGCCAGCAUUGCCUGUAUGCUCUCUGUGUCAUAUGUACUCGGACCCAUUCUUGGAGGAGUCAUUCCACAUCUCAGCAGCUGGAGAGUCUUGCAUCUCAUGAACGUUCCUAUUGCUGGCGCAGUGGCUGGGGGCCUCUUUGUAGUCUAUCCAAGGAAGCGUCACCAACCAAAGACAUCAGUCACCGACAAGUUGCGACAGAUGGACUUUGUUGGAGCUGUUCUGCUUCUUGCAGCGAGCAUGAUGAUUGUCUACUGUAUCCAAGAAGGGGGAUCUAUGAAGCUUCCUUGGUCGUCCCCCACCAUUGUAACAAUGCUUGUUAUAUCUUCACUCUGUUGGGUGGCUUUUUGGUGCUGGGAAGCAUCCGUGGGCCUGAGAGACGACAAGGUUGAGCCUAUUUUCCCACUCUCGCUCGCAGGUCACCGAGCAUACCUGGCAUGUCUGUUCGCCACGUUUUUGCUCGGCUUCGUUUUCAUGACCAGCGUUGUAGUUCUUCCCGAGCGUUCUCAGGUUGUCGAUGGCCGGGAUGUACUAAUGGCUGGUGUCGAUCUCCUACCUCUGCUUGCUGCAGUGGCCGUUGGAACAUUUGCAUCGGUUCCAUUCACCAGACCCAAAAACCGAACCACUCUAAGCCUCACCAUUGGUGCUAGUCUUAUGACCGCUGGCUGCAGUCUCAUGACGGCAGUUGAGAACAUGGAGGAAUCACAGGCGAUCAACGCUGUGUACGGCUUCAAGGUUAUCCUCGGUCUCGGUUUCGGCUUCUGUCUCUCAUCAACGACAGUAAUAGCCAAUGUCAUUGGAAGGGGCGCUGACAUGGCCGUCGCCAACGGUGCUAUUGCACAGGCCCGCGUCCUGGGUUCAGCGAUUGGGCUUGGCAUGUGGACCAUCAUAUUCAAUCGCCACGCACGAAGCAACAGCCUGCUCGUCGACCAGCGAAAUGGAGGCCUCCUCACUCCCCAGCAGGUAGAUAUGCUGCACCGCGCACCGUCAAACGCGUUGCUGCUUCAGGGACCGGCGCGAGAGGAGGUUCGCCAGAUCUAUACUGCCUCAUUUACUGAUAUCAUGCUCGUUCUGGCCAUCGUCUCGUCUGGCGCUUUUGCCAUGGCACUAUGCACCUAUCAAACCAACCCACCGCCCGUCAACCUCCCAUCGCUACCGACCACAUCGCCGAGGCCGCGGGCUCGUCUUCCUAAGCAGAUGACUACUGCUGUCACCAUUGAUGACUAUCGAGGCACGAGGGAGAGCCACGAUCGAGCCCGGGAAGGCAAUGGUUCGGAGUCUGAUGGACGGCUCGAUAGUAUCGAGCUGGGACGGAUGCCUACUUUGCCCCUUGCAAUUUUGCCCAAGUAA